CCAGCGUCAAGGAUGGCAUCACCUCGAUACACAGCAAGAACUCCAAGAAGGAAAUGCAGCGCCCCGCCACGCAAAAAAGCAUGCGGGAGUUGCACAAAAUCUAAAGUCCGAUGCGAUCUCGAAAGACCCGCCUGUUCCCGGUGCAGAUCGUUGCGUCGCGUCUGCCAGUACGCAACUCCGAGCUCUAUUCCUCCACUUGCAACCCAGCACGAAUCCACCCAGGGAGAGGGAGAAGAAGGAGAGCCCAUAACUCCAUGGAUAAGCUCUUCAAUUCUCGAGGCUGUGCAGCUAGAUCCGGGGCUGGAAGCUGCAAUCCCUCCUAUCAGACCCGCAGAUGACGGGCUGGAUUUCACAAAAGUCGACCUCGUUCCUAGCCAGAAUGCAGAGAAUAUUCGAGAUCGAUGGCUGAGACCGUACAUUCUCCCCCCACCAGGACAAGAGGAGACUCCAAAGCUGUAUAACCCCUUUACACUACAGUAUAUAUCAAGGGUCUUGAGCACCUAUCCCCAUGUGAUGCUAAAGGAUGGCGAUGUCCCGCCUAUUAUUCACCGCUGCCAGGUUUCUGGGCCCACAAUGCCUGUUGCACUGGCCAAUUGUUAUAGCCUGGUACGGAUGUGCAUUCAAGCGGCCCCGGGCAGUGAGAUGAUGGUGGUGAGUACUGUUGAGAAAGAAAUGGAACGACUGGCAAUUGAGACCUCUGGGCUCUACGACAUUGAGCUUUUAUCCGCUUUCCAAGCAUACCUUCUUUAUUCCAUCAUGCUGUAUUUUUCACUACCUAGCGGAAGUUCCGCGGUAAAUGACAAGACCAUGAUCACUCUCAUGGAGAUGGCCUUCCGGACCGCACGGAAUGGUCUAUUCAGCGCAUCUGAAAUAUCGCAUAGUCGACCUACUUGGGAAUCAUGGAUUGUAGCCUCCACGAAACGUCGAGCCAUCUUUACCAUGUAUCUGUUUAGUAGCGUGUAUAACGCGGACCGAUCACUCCCGAACUUCAUUGCAGAUGAACUCAGGGGAGUGUAUGUGCCGGAAGGUAAAUCCCUCUGGGAGGCUAGUGACCGCAAACUCUGGAUGCGUGAGUAUGAUCGGCAUCUGCUCAGCUGGGAAGACGGGAUGUUCGAGAUCUCAGAGCUAUGGAAGUCGCCAGAGACUGGCUCGGCCGUACGACGAAAGCGAAUUGAGCGAUGGUUACGGACGGUGGACGAGUAUGGGAUGAUGUUAUUUGCAGUGUGUGCUCAUAUACAUGGAUGCUAACAGUUGUAUUGAAGUUCCAAGAGUGAACCAAGUCAGGUUUAAUUCAAU